AUGACGCUGGCAGGGAAUCCGAAUCCCCACAUACCUAACUCUCCGGUUCGGGUGUCAUUGGUGUCGGGCCAGUCUAUUCAGCUUGGGAAAUCAGCGACUUGCUCGCCACACACAAUCAAGAAACGCGCCCGUCCAGCACACGGGAAACGGCACCGAGCUCAUGCGCUGCACGACAAUUCCGAAUCCGAAGACAACAGCGACCAAGAACAGCAAAGUUACGGUCGCGAGGAAAUAGUUACAUCCUACGAUCUUCUUGGCACAAACGAUGAAGGAUCAAAAAAGCCAAACGGGUCCUCGAGACACAACACAUCGGCGGAGAGAGGUCAGGAGGAGAGCUCGGAGGCAGACCAACCGGAGAACACAAAUUCGAAAACUGGUCGGAAUGAUGCCGGGACAGAUGACCCAGAAUCUGGAGACAAACCAGUCAAGUGGGGUUUGACCAUCAACAUGAAGGGGAAGGGAGAUAGCAAAAGGGGAGUGACGAGGAAGGUGAAACCACAGACCGAAGCUCCUGGCUCCGACAGUGAUCUGAAAAGCGAAAAAGAUGCUUCGAAGACAAUUGACGACGAGGCGCUCGAUGCUCUCAUGGGUUCUCGGAUACCGAAACGCAAACACCUCGACUCCGACGCUGCUGACCGGGAACCGCGACCUGAAGACUAUCGUUCAGUUCCCAUCGACGACUUUGGCGCCCACCUUCUCCGAAACUUUGGUUGGGAUGGGAAAAUGAAGGGCAAGGUCAAGGAAGUCACAAGGCACGCCAACCUCACAGGACUAGGUGCCAAGGAUGCAAAGGGCGCUGAGGAUCUAGGUUCUUGGAAUCAAAAGACGACUAAGGACUCCCGCCCCGUGAGGCUUGAUGACUACCGGAGAGAAGAAAGCAAGAAGCGCCAGCGGACCGAUGACCGGUAUGCAGACAGCUACAAGCGGGAGAGGGAGAGGGAAAGAGAACGAGAGCGGGGACGGGACAGAGACAGGUAG